GGGAAGCAGCGCUUUGGCGUUUACAGGUUUCUGCCCUUCUUCUUCCUCCUUGGAGGAGCGAUGGAGUGGUUCAUGAUCAACGUUCGCAUUGGCAAGGAGACCUUCUAUGAUGUUUACCGUAGGAAACGAUCUGAAAGGCAGUACGAGGGAAGGAUGGAGAAAAAUGAACUUUAG